UUACUUGUUUGUUUCAAGCACAGGAAUGUUUCGUUUCGUAACUUAAAAAAAAGUCAUUCCAGCGCUGUCAACUGGACUGAAAACAAAGACAACCUGAAGAGAGAGAGCCAUGCUCCGCUGCAGGAGGUGUCGGAAAGCCAUCAUAGACUCGACUUGUUUAUCGAUGGUUGAGGCCACAGAUGAAAGCUCAGCUGCUGCUUGCGGUAUUUGGCACAUGGAUGUGGACACACUGCCAGAGUGGAUCCUCGCCUCAGUUCACCAGGCCCAGUGGACUGUGGGAAAACUGAACUGCCAGACCUGCGGGGCUCGCUUGGGCGGCUUUAACUUUAUCAACCGCAGCGAGUGUCCCUGCGGCCGGGACGCCACCGUCCACCUCAACAAAAGCCGCGUGGAUCACGACCACAGACACUACGUCCUCAUCGUCCAGCCAGGGAGGACGAGGCCCGAGAAAGAACGGGCCCUUACGUCCGAACAGAACAGGGAUCAGAGGCCUGAGUUUAACAGGACCCCGCUGGACGGCGUUCAGCUCAACUGUGCCGCUGUUGUGUCCCACCUCAGCCCCGCCGAGGCCUCAAACUCCCCAAAGGACCGUGAACACCCCCAGACGUUCUCUUUCAGUCCUUUGUACUGCAUCUCUCAUAGGAGACGCUGCAGUUUGGAAGAUAAUUCGGCCUUCGGGGCGUGUUUUUGCCCUGUAAUACCUGUAGUCGAAUCUGCAAUGGAGAGUACAAGGACAGGGACACAUGGGUCUAAACGGUCCACUGUCCCGCAUCUCACAAGUCAGGGGUUUGACACCGACGGCGAAGCCUCAGUCGGCGCUGUCGCAGGCCGUAGGAUUGUUUCUGGAAGGACACGGCGGUCACGCCUGGGCGGACAGCUGCUGCAGGCGUCCGAGGAGGUUGAGUCCUCUCCGGAGACCGCGGCUGUCCACCAGGAAGUGUCUGCUUCAUCCCGGCUGCUUUACAGAGGGAGGUCCGUCUCUGAAAGUGCAGCCGAGCAGGACCAGGAAGUGUGGCCUGAAGCCCUCGUGGCCUCCCCGGCCUCAAACCGACUGAGCAAGAGAGAGAAGAACCGCCUGAAGAGUCUCCGGAGGAAACAGAGGAGGAGAGAGCGAUGGCUGCUCAGCCAGCUGGAGCAGGCUGGGAGUGUGAGCGGUUCACACAUGGACAGUGAGGAGGAGGAGGAGGACAGAGAGGGCCUUACCUGCGCCGUGUGUCUGGAGCUUUACUUCAGCCCGUACAGCUGCCAGCCAUGCGGCCACGUCUUCUGCGAGCCGUGUCUCCGCACGAUCGCCAAGAACCAACCGACAAACACCCCCUGCCCUCUCUGCCGCGCCCUCAUCUCACACACCAACCCGCACCACGAGCUCAACAAAACCACUAAGGCCUUCUUCCCGAAGGUAUACUACGCCCGCAAGCAGAACUUCCAGAGUGCUUUGAGUGCAAAAUGGCCUCUGCCCAGCUGUCGCAAGCGCUUCCGUACCUUCUGGGGAGAGCCGAGACAGGCAGCGGCGGCAAGGAGACGCUGGCCCUUUGUCCACGGGUUCACGCUGAAUGCUUUGGACUUCACCGACGUGCGCGGCUGGCUCUUUGACAUCGGCCUGGUCGUAGUCUACACCCACUCAGUCAACUGGAUCCUGGCUUCCUUGUUCCUCUGCUUCCUCAUGUACUACUUCUUCUUUUGAGACAAUGAGGAGCAGUAAGUUUUGCAGUCCAGGUGUCUGUUAUCUUUUUUAAGCUUUAGUGCAUAGUUUUUGUCUCCUCCAUGAGGAAUUCUAAGUAAUGACAUACUGUAUGAGUAACUGUCAAAGCAUCCACAUGAUACAAGCCUACCGUGGUAUGUUCUACACUACUCAGACUUAUGUAUUGUCAAUGCCACUAUAAGUGUGUGGUUGUUACACGUUCUGUCCACUAGAGGGACUUCCAACAUCACCCUGGCCUUGAAGGGGAUCUACAUAAUGGUGCAUUGCAUUUCUGGCAAACCGCUCUGUUUACAGUAUAUUUCACCACGCACACAACAACCAACACAAAUCAGCAGAGAAGUCUAUAAUGAAACUUUACCUAACAAGUGUAUUGAAGUGGCUUUGUUGUAAAUGCUCGGUUAGCAUAACUACAUCAUGUUAGAAAGCACAGCCGAAACAAUUUGUCAUGAACUAAGUAACAACAGUGUUGGCCACGAUGCUAACGGCAUUGUUACCUAAGCCAAACGGCGCUGUCACUACUGUUUUAGUGAUUUAAAAGCCACCUGUUUUUUGCCGAUUGUCACAAUACUGAGAGACAGCAGUUAGAAGGUAAUAUGUGAAGUUGAAACUAACUCUGACAGCCGUAUGGCUGCUAACAUUAAAUUUAAGCUGUCUACACAAAGCUCCCAUAACUCGCGACGCAGUUAGGAAACCAGAACGAGCUAACUAUUGAUAACAUGAGCAUUUUGGCUCAGUGGAUGUCGAUUUUUAAGUCAUGUUAAACUGGGAUGUCUAACUGCAUGUCAAUCACUGCUCAAGCACAUGCAUAGAGCUUAACCGUCCCGCCCACAGAGGGUUCCGGAAGGAAAAAUUCAACGCAAUUUCUCCAUUGACAAUCGGAGUGUAAGCCUUAAAAUGAUAACCGUCUAUGGUAGACUUAAAACCAGCAACCACGACGCGUUAUCUGCAUUUUGAGCUAUCCGCGUGUAUGUUUAUGCUGUAAACAGCGGGCGUACACAUACAAGCCACUUGCCAUGUUAUCUCCACUUGCCGUGUUAUCGCGAGGACG